AUGAACGGCGACAGCAGCGCAUCCGGUUCAUCUUUGCUUGGGGGCUCCGAUGAGAGGAACAACAAAGAGAAGAAGAGUGCGGUCGCAAAGGAAGAAGAAUCUGCAACCGAGGAAGAGGAAAAGCCUCCAUCCGUUGCCCCUGCUCGUCGCAUCAUCAAAGCCCGGCGCCCACAACGGAGCGUCGCAACACCUCCCAACCCAUCAUGCGUCAACUCCAAGAAAGAAAAACCCUACGAUAGCACCAAAGAGUCGAAUGGAGACUGGGAAGCUGUCUCGGUCACGAUUGAAGGACACGGCAAAACAAAAGAGACCGAAGAAGAGUUUUAUCAACUUGUUCUGCAAAUGAAGGCACACCACGAACAUCAUUUGCUGCCAGCCGCCAAGAACAGUCGUCCUCACAUAGCUCAAAUGCCAGAUGACAAGUACAAGGUACUCUUGCAGACUUCUUACCUGGACUAUGCGGUCCAAUUUCUGCAGGCGUGGAAUGUGUUGGGCCCCCCCGUGGGAAAACGCAUUAUACCACUUUAUGCCCAACUUUUUGUGGACAAUCUGGAGCCUCGCCGGAGCAUCCGACCUGAGUGGCUAACCAAGUAUGUGCUAGCGUCCUCUAAUAAUAAUGACAGCGACGCCGUCAAACGAUUUCCUCCCAUGCAGCUGUUCAACGCUUUGACACAGUACCCGCCGGCAAACACAAAGGAUGCUUGGGAGAAAAUCAUGAAACAUCCUGAUACUUGUUGGUUGCGAGGUAUCUUUCUUCAGGAUUCGUGGUGGGGCGAUCCAUUGGUGAACAACAUUGUUCAUUCCACGCAGUUCAAUGACAAGCUCGUCAAACUCGAUCUCCAAAGCAACAAAAUCACAGACGCUGGAGCCAAGGUUUUGGCCAGCUGCACCAAUUUCCAGCAUUUGACGCAUUUGAAUGUCUUUCGAAACUGGAUUGAAGAAGUGCCAGGCGUAACAGUGGUGGCGGUCUCCACGAGCAGUGUUGGUGGAGACUUUGUGCACCGCUCGAGCAAGACAAGUGGCGAGGGAGGCGGGUUGACUGCUCUGCUUGGAGCCGGAGACAAAUUUCCCCGCCUCGAAACACUGAGCAUUGGAUACCAAAGUGGCUGCCCCAUGAAUGCGUACGUUCAAAGCUUGGAAUCUACCAUGGAAUCCUCUUUUCCCGCAUUGACAGAUUUGAUGAUACAGUGUACUGUCUACGAGAACGAAGAAGAGUACGGGUGGGAACCCUUUAUAGACUCGACUUUUUCCCACCUCAAAUCGGGAGGAAAAUUCCCUAAUUUCAAGGCCAUUCACUUGCAGCAGUGUUGCAAUGGAAACGGUGAGGAGGACUGCCGCCAAUCCGAAGAUGGAGUGAACAUCUACUUGUAACUUUUUCAUGUCGAUAGUUACAAACACAGAAUACAUAAACGAUACUAGCCAGCUAGCUAGAUGCCAUUGGCGAUCGGAAGGGUGCCGACCACGAACCCCCGUUAUCCCUUGUGGUGUUAGAGAAGAGAUAAUCCGAGCCUACAGUAGUAGCUGUCCCAUCGCAAAUUACAGUCUAGUAGUGCUUAUUUAACCGAUGCUGCAACAGCAGCCCUGAUGACUUACA